CUCGUAAAUACGAUCUAUCCGACAUGAUUUGAACACACCAUUCCACAAGUUCCAUUCCCAAGAUUCCUUUUCCUCUCGCGUUCCCCUGCUGACCUGCGGGUUGCCGUAGCUGCAGCAGAAGUGUGUUCCAUAGAACAUCUCAUUUGAUUUGAGACAACAUGGCUGCUGCGGCAGGCCAUUAUUACGGCGACGGAGGCAGAGCAACAAAAAGACAGAAAACAGACAGCGACGGAAUGGCCACGGAGGGUUAUGACGACCCGCACAAGACCCUGCCCUCGCUUGUGGUGCAUAUAAGGGGGCUUAUUGACGGCAUUACCGAGGCUGACCUGGUGGAGGCGCUACAGGAGUUUGGCACCGUAAGUUAUGUUGUGUUAAUGCCAAAGAAGCGUCAGGCACUGGUGGAGUUUGAGGACAUGAACGGCUCCUGUAACGCAGUGACGUAUGCUAACAAUAGUCAAAUCUACAUCGCUGGCCGGCCAUCUUACAUCAAUUACUCUACCAGUCAGAAAAUCUCUCGGCCCAGCAACUCUGAUGAUACACGGAGCGUUAACAGUGUACUGCUCCUUACCAUCAUGAACCCCAUCUAUCCCAUUACCACGGAUGUUCUCUACACCAUUUGUAAUAACUGCGGACCUGUGCAAAGGAUUGUGAUCUUCAGGAAAAAUGGAGUUCAAGCCAUGGUCGAAUUUGACUCGGUCCAGAGUGCACAGAGAGCCAAAGCAUCUCUCAACGGAGCUGACAUCUACUCGGGCUGCUGCACCCUUAAAAUUGAGUAUGCCAAGCCAACCCGUCUCAACGUCUUCAAAAACGAUCAGGAUACUUGGGACUACACCAACCCCAAUCCGAGUGGCCAAGAUACCGAUGCAGAUGGCAAUUGGAACAAUUCACAAGACCCCAAUGCUAACCCAAACAAGCGGCAAAGGCAGCCAGCACUGCUGGGGGAUCAUCCACCUGAAUAUGGUGGUCCUCAGGGUGGCUAUAGCCACUAUGAUGACACCUAUGGACCACCUCCCCCACCCCCUCACUACGAGGGCAGGCGCAUGGGGCCCCCAAUGGGACGUGGCCGUGGCGGACCCCGGUAUGGUGGGGCACAAUACGGACACGGACCUGCUCCGCCGGACUACAGCGCUCAUGCUGACUCUCCUGUGGUAAUGGUGUAUGGUCUUGAGCCCACCAAGAUCAAUGCAGACCGAGUUUUCAACAUAUUCUGUCUCUACGGCAAUGUGGAAAGGGUGAAGUUUAUGAAGAGUAAACCAGGCGCUGCAAUGGUGGAGAUGGGAGACUGCUAUGCUGUUGACAGAGCCAUUUCACACCUGAACAACAACAUGCUGUUUGGACAAAAACUCAAUGUCUGUGUAUCCAAACAACAGGCCAUAAUGCCGGGUCAGUCAUAUCAGCUGGAAGAUGGCAGCUGUAGUUUUAAGGAUUUCCAUGGCAACAGAAACAACCGUUUCACCUCCGCUGAGCAGGCAGCCAAGAACCGCAUCCAGCAGCCCAGCAACGUACUGCACUUCUUCAAUGGUCAACCAGACUGCACUGUUGAAGCGUUCAAUCAGAUUUGUGAUGAGUUGGGAAUCAAGACUCCAGUCAGCGUCAAACUGUUCACUGGCAAGAGUGGAACCGCAGGUGAGAGAAGUUCAUCUGGUCUGUUGGAGUGGGAGUCGGUAAAUGAUGCAAUGGAGGCUCUUGCUAUGAUGAACCACUACCAGAUGAAGAACCCUAGUGGGCCUUACCCAUACACUUUUAAACUGUGUUUUUCAACUGCACAGCACGCCAACUGAACCCAUUAUAACAACCACUAACCUUUGUCUCCCAGUGACCUUUUGAGCUCUGCACCAUAGCAUGUCUUAACUCUUGACCUGGAGGGAAAGAAAUGGGACCGUUAAGAUUACCUUAUUUCUAGAAUAAGACUGGACUCAAUGUUUUGUAGGUUUCAUUUUUAAAUUUUUUUUUAUUGGUAUUAAUGUUUUUUUUUUUUUUCUCAGUUGACCGGUCUUGUAUAACAGUAAAUUUGUGUGACAAUGUAAUAAAUUAGUGAAGACGUCACUGUGAAGAGUUUGUUUCUUGUGCAUGUUGGCUUAUAUCAGUGGGAUUGUUGUUGUGUGAUUGAAGGAGACAGCCAAGCAACUAAACACAAAAUCCAGGAGAUCAACACGGUGAUA